AUGGGAGACGAACAGCAACCAACCCCGGAGAACAUGACCAUGAUGCAGGGCUUCGAGUGGUAUGUCCCUGCUGACCAGAAGCACUGGGUCCGCCUCGAGAAGCACAUACCACAGCUCAAGCAAUGGGGCAUCGACAACAUCUGGGUCCCUCCCGGAUGCAAGGGCUCCUCCAAAGAUGGUAAUGGAUAUGAUAUCUAUGACCUGUACGAUCUGGGAGAGUUCGACCAGAAGGGCACCGUUCCCACCAAAUGGGGCUCCAAGGAAGAGCUGGUCAGAAUGGCAAACACAGCCAAGGACAACGGCGUUGGGAUCUACUGGGAUGCAGUGUUGAAUCAUAAGUUUGCUGCUGACCGCAGGGAGAAGUGCGACGCCAAGGAAGUUGAUCAGGAAGACCGCAACAAGGACGUCAGUGAUACCUAUCAAAUUGAGGCAUGGGUUGGUUACACGUUUCCUGGGAGACGCGGACAGUACAGCAAAAUGAGAUAUCACUGGUAUCAUUUUAGCGGUGUCGAUUUUAACGCGAAGAACAACAAGAAUGCGAUCUACAAGAUCAUGGGUGACAAGGUCAAGGGCUGGGCUGACGACGGAGAUGUCGACGGUGAGAAGGGCAACUAUGAUUUUCUUAUGGGGUCAGAUUUGGAUUAUGAUCAUCCAGAAGUCCAGGAAGAUGUCCUCAACUGGGGCAAGUGGAUUGCAAGCCAGCUCCCACUCAAGGGCUUCCGCUUCGAUGCCAUCAAGCACUACAGCGAGGACUUUUUGCGCAAGUUCAUCACCAACAUGGAUGAAACUUACGGCUCUGGUUGGUUCGUCGUCGGCGAGUUCUGGAAGGACAGUCUUCAGGACAUGGAGGCGUACCUUGACCGUAUGGGGAGGAAAUUUGCUCUUUUUGAUGCCCCACUGGUCUACAACUUCAGCGAGAUUAGCCAGGGCGAUGGCGCAGACAUGCGCAAGGUUUUCGAUGACACACUUGUACAGGCUGCACCUAUCUGUGCCGUGACACUAGUGAUGAACCACGACACCCAGCCCUACCAAGCCCUCGAGGCGCCCAUUGCCGACUGGUUCAAGCCCCUCGCCUACUCGCUCAUCCUCCUCCGCGACACGGGCUACCCCUGCGUCUGGUACGGGGAUCUGUACGGCGUCGACCCCAAGGGCGAGAAGCAGUCCUUCCCGCCCUCGUGCGGCGGCAGCCUGCCCAAGCUGAUACUCGCGCGCAAGCUCUACGCCUACGGCAAGCAGGCCGAUUACUUCGACUACGCGACGUGCCUCGGCUUCGUGCGCUACGGCACCUGGGACCGACGCUUCGGGUGUGCCGUCGUCCUGUCCAAUGCCGGCGCCGGCUCCAAGCGUAUGCAUGUUGGCGAGAUGCACGCCGGGGAGAAGUGGACUGACGUGCUUGGGUGGAGCGACCGGGAGGUCGAGAUUGGGCAGGACGGAUUUGGAGAGUUCGUCUGCGGCCAGUGCAGUAUCAGCGUCUUUGUGAACAAGGACGCUGAAGGCAGGGAGAAGUUUGGAGAGAAAUUUGACAGCAACAUUUAUGAUAUUUGA